GAAUUGCUACUGGUUCUACAGAACGGGGUCCUGUCAUUGAAGAUGGCGACCGGACUCCUUCAGCGCUCUUAUAGCGGCCUUCGUUUGGCGAAAUACAAGGCCAGGACCAAGGGACAGGUCACUCUUUUCAGAGGAUUGUCGGCAUCCAGUCACCGAAAUAGAGAGGAGAGCUGGUUCAAAUCUCUAUUUGUGCGUAAAGUGGACCCAAGAAAAGACGCCCACUCUCACCUGCUGGCUAAGAAAGAAGAAAGUAACCUUUAUAAAAUUCAAUUUCACAAUGUGAAGCCUGAAUGUCUGGAUGCUUAUAACAAACUCUGUGAGGAUGUGUUGCCUUCGAUCCAUGUGGAUAAAUACUACCCCUGUGAGCUGGUGGGAACAUGGAACACCUGGUAUGGAGAGCAAGACCAGGCUGUCCAUCUGUGGAGGUACAGAGGAGGCUACCCCGCCCUGACCGAAGUCAUGAAUAAACUGAAAAAUAAUAAGGAAUUUUUGGAGUACAGAAAGGAACGGGGGAAGAUGCUCCUCUCUCGCCGCAAUCAACUAUUGCUGGAAUUUAGUUUCUGGAACGAGCCAGUUCCACGGGAGGGACCAAAUAUCUACGAACUUCGAUCAUACCAAUUAAGACCAGGAACCAUGAUUGAAUGGGGGAAUUACUGGGCUCGAGCCAUUCGCUAUCGGCAGCAUAACCGUGAAGCAGUUGGAGGAUUUUUCUCCCAAAUAGGAAGUCUUUACCUGGUCCAUCACCUCUGGGCGUAUAAGGACCUGCAGUCCAGAGAGGACACUCGCAAUGCAGUGUGGCAACAUGAGGGCUGGAAUGAAGUGGUCUACUACACAGUGCCCCUGAUUCAACACAUGGAGUCCAGGGUUAUGAUUCCAAUGAAAGCAUCACCCCUGAAGUAAUACUUUCUUUACAAGCUAAAGACAUGCAUUCACAAGGGAACCAAUGCUGUAUAUGUCUAACAUCCAUGCAUUUUAAUCCAUCUCGAUGUUCUUUCUGGUCAUUAAAAAGUAUUCAUAAUCUGUACCAGCAAAUGAAAUUUGAGAAUGCAUUGAAAGAAACAUGUCCUAACAGGCUAAUGAACUUUAACAGGCAAAGAUGAUUUGUUUUGGAUGUCACAAUGUGUCUUUGGUUAACAAACCUUAGCCUUCUGAUAAGCAAUGAAUCUUUACGCACAAUAAAUGUUAGCAUUGUGGCCCAACUCAGUGAAAUAUAUAGGAAAAAUGUAUUAGAGGGUCUUUAAAUGUUCUGUUAUUAAAUUCAUAGCCCGUGCUGCAUUUGCUCAUUUGUAUUAUUUUCCAUCAACUCUGUAAAAAACACAAAAACAAACAACAAAAAAAGUCUCUUCAUUUUUUUCCAUUACUGCUAAAUAGAAGUUGAAAAAAAAUUGUCAAAUCUACACUUUGCACAGUACUGUAAAAGGCACUUUAAAUGUGCUUGAUGGUAAAAGCGGGUUCUUGGUUUUUGUUUUGUUUUUUACAUGAAUUUUACAUUAUGAAAGUUUAAUAUACAAACUUUCUUUCCAUUCAGAGUUACAAUCCGAAGAUUUGAAUCCAUCUCUGUGUCUAAACUGUGUAUCUAAUGUGUAAACAGAUACCAUCUCUGUAUCUAAACCACUUUCUGUUUUGUGGGGUUAUAAAGACAAGUAUGAAAAACAUUCUUGUACUGUAUGGCAUGUUGAAAGUAAACCUGCAUGUCCAGUUUCAACACCUUUUUUUUUAUAAGGAUACAAUUAUUAUUUAUUUAUCUUGUAGGCAACUGUUAAAUGGAUAUUGAGCACUGACCUCAAUUUCAAUUAUGUACACUGUAUUUGUUUCUUUGCUUUUUUUUUCCAGUUGCAAUUUAUUAAAUUAUAACACAUGACCUGUACUAUCAGUCCAUAGGUAUAAAAGUGAUCCUGUAAAAUAAAAUAUACAUUGUUCCCCAAUUUAU